AUCCUCUGGUGCGCAAGGAAGUGAUGUCAUCACUGGUGACCAUCGUGUUGGACUGCGACAUGUGGCUUUGAUAAAGUUUAGGUGAGUUAUAUUGUUUUGUACACAAAUAGGGUUAAUGGGAAAGGAAAGGUCAUGUGGCUACAUACGAUUUAGAGAGAAUGUUUGGUGGCACAUUUUUAUUUAUUUAUUUAAAUACAGGAUUCCGGUUACAGCUAUGAAUACAAGAGAGACAACAAAAAAAGAUAAUUAUUGUGGCAUGGGCAUAAAUCAUUUGGUAAGCAAUAUGCUAUGUUUAAAUAAUUGAGAGAUUAUGUAGUUACAGGAGUAAGAACAUUGGUUUACUUUAUAGAAUGUCUUUAACAUUUUCUAAUGGAAUAAAUAUAUAAACAUAUUUUCAGCAAGAGCCUUUUCUAUCAACAUUUCCUCUGAAAAUUUCCCCAUAAUCCCUCUGAAGGUACACUGAAACUAGGACUAGGCUAAACAUUUUUUUUUUAAAUUCGUACCUGGUUUUCCCACAUAUCUUAAAGGGAUACUAUAGGUACCCAGACCACUUAAGCUGAAGUGUUCUGGGUGCAGUCUCCCUUUAGUCCUUCAAUUUAAAUCAUUGAAGUUUUUGAGAAACUGCAAUGACAACAUUGCAGGACUAAGACUGAGGACGCGAGAUACAGGAGACCAGAGGAAACUAUAGUGUAAGGAAUACAGAUUUGUAUCCCUUACAUUAUAGAAUCCCUUUACCAAGCUGUACAUUUACUUACAUCGUUUCCUGUCUGGUGUUUGUACACCUGUGACUUAUGUUUUGCAUUUUGUUCUCUUCCUGUUUUUGCAGGGACACAUCUUAUAACCACUCUGCAGGAUGUCUGAAGGAGAUGCAAGGAAUGAUUCUGCUCAUGGGACACCUCGUACCCCUAUAGGUGGAGGACGGGGAUUGGUUGGACGCAGGCCAUCUGCUUCCCUAACUCCUGGACGUCUUCCCUCUAUUCGCUCCCGCGAUCUUACGCUUGGAGGUGUCCGGAAAGUGAGUUUUAAAUUUUAAUAUCCAUUUCAUUGCAUGCUAAGGUUUGGGUAUCUAUGCCAAUAGUAGGAAGAUUUAAGUUACAGAAGCCUGAUGGAUAUACAGCAAAAUAUUCCAGCAAUGGUUCUGUAAUAUACUGUCAGGAUCAAAAGCUUCUAAAAAUGUUUCCUUUCAGUCUAAAAAUAAAGCUGAUAAAUCAGUGCCUGCAAAGGGAAGCAUUUUUUCUCCCCUCACACCUUCCUUGUAAAAUUGCUCUUUUAAAAAACAUAACUCACCUCCUUCCUUGUCACACACCCUCUCCCCCUCCCAUAGCAAGUUUAAAUUGCGUGCAGUCACUCAAUGAAAAGCCCGUGUUUGGACUGCAUGAGACAUGAAAGACAGUGCUGGAAGCUUUGCCCGGCACUGGAUUCCAGGUAAAUGUCUUUUGUUUUACAGGUUCUACUACAAAGGGGGAAGACGUAAUUAGUAGUACUCAGUAAGUGUUCUUACAUAGAAAUGGUCCCAUCUCCAAAGUAACUCUUUAAUAAUGCAGCGACUUCCGUGGGCGUACAGGAAAUAAAUUUAGGAGAUACGAUCCUGAUGUGUCCUUCAGGUACCAUUUUAAGUUCUCCAAGUUGGAGUAGCUGCUAGUAAGUUGUGAGCUGAUCUCAGAUAGCUCUAGUGUGCUAAAUGGGAGCUUGUCUGUAAAGUAACACAGAAUUCAGGAUGUUAAUGACCUAUUUUUGUAUCUUCUCUUUUUCUUUUCCAGAAAACAUUUGCUCCCAAUAUUAUAAGCAGAAAAAUAAAGGAAGAGUAAGAAUUUUGCUGCUCACUUUCUGUUGCUGUGUCUGUUUUGAUUGUCUGUAUACCUCCUGUCACCUAUUCCAUCCCUCUGUUGAUGUAUUGUUUGAUUGUCACCAUGUUUCCUUUGUUUUGUUUACACGUGUCUAAAUUACUAUAUAUUUUGUUUCAUCCUUAACUUACAUUAGAUAUCAAGUUGCAUCCCACUCCAACCUUUCUUAUUUUUUUUCUGUCCCCAGACAGAAAGAAGAGGUGGCUGUAAAGGUAGAACGGACAGAGCGAGGGAGGGAUCGUCGUGGAGAUGGACCAGGAAGAGGACGCGGGAGACCUCAAGUUAUACAGAGCCAUUCGAUCUUUGAACAGGGGCCAGCAGAACAGCUCAAGAAGAAAAGUAAGAAUUAGCAUAAUUUCAUUGUGUAAUAAUUUGUUACACUUGGGCUUGAAUAAGCAUUAUAAGGCACACAUUUAUUUUGUGUAUUAAAUUUUAGGCUAAAAUAGUUAAAUUAGACAAAUGGACGUAGUUACAUUUUCACAACUAUAGGUUCCCUUUUGUCCGAUCCCCUUCGCUGCUGCGGGCACAAUGUUUUACAUUGCAGGGUUAAAAUGUCAGGAACAAUGCUCUCAGAACACUUCCUUGAGAUGCAGGGGUCUGAGUGAUCUUUUUACACUAAUGUUGGCAAUUCUUAGGUUAAUUUCUGAGCAUUUUAAGGAAUAACCUUGUGUAUGCUUAAAGUGUUGUUUAAUGAUACCUGCAGCUUACAUUUAACCAUGUCGUGAUUUUUACCUAGCUGGAUGGGAUGGCCCCUCGGAAUCUGCUGACCUUGGUCCAUCUCACAUUAUAAACAUAAAACGAGAAAAACGAGAAACAGAAGAGGAAACAAAGCAGAUCCUGCGCAUGCUGGAGAAUGACAAGGUAUAUCACAAAGAUCCUUUUUCAUUUUGUGCUUGCCUUUUUUAUUCUCUCCCUUAAUUCUGGUUGAUUUGUUUUUUCUUUCUUAUUUAAGUUCCUCGAUGACCCUGGGCUAAAGAAUGACUCUCAGAAUCAGCCUGUGCAGCUUCCACUAGCACACUCUGGGUGGCUGUUUAGAGAAGAUGAUGAUGAUGAUGAUGAAGAAGAGGAGGAAAAAAAGCCUCUGCCUGGGAUUCUCAAGGAGGAACAGAUGGAGGUGGAUCCUGGAAAGGUCAAAGGUUAGCAACCUUAAAAUUUGUUGUAUCUGCCCAGAGAUUCUGAUGCCACAAUGUUGACUAAAUUAUUACUGAACAUUUUCUGUGUAUUGGAUAAAUUUAGAAUAUAUGAAAUUAUAGUAAUUCAUAGUCUGUAUUAAUAGUGGAAGGUAUUCUAAGAAAUACUUCUGGAUUGUCAUAGAAUAUGCUUGUUUGCCCCAGUCAAGGAAGAGCCAAUGGAAGAUGAAGAUGCAGGGUGGAAGCCAAGUCUUCCCCCUUGUAAAGCUCCAGUGGUAAAGAAGCCUCCAGAGAGGAAAGAUGUGCCCCUUCCUGACUUACUGGAAUCCCUGAAGGUUUCAGGAGAGGAGAGUCUCUUCUUCCUUCAACUUCCUGACACUCUUCCAGGGCAGCGGCUCACUCAGGAGGCACGGCCAAUAAAGACUGAAGUAAAGAGUGAGGAUGGUCACCAGCUAUUGGUUAAGGACAAAGGCCAGGUAUGUUGCAUUACUUUUGUAAUUAGCAUAGUGAAACAUCUGUGUUACUCUAGGUUACAAAUCCGUCUUAUACCUUUCACGUUUGUUCUGGUAGAGGGGGAUUGUAUUAUACUGCUGUUGUUACUGUUGCCUUAUAUUUGAGAAGCUCAUAUGAUAAAAAUUUUAGUCAAUAUAUGGUUAGAAGGGGGGGCGGGGCCUAGCAUCCAAACGGAACGGUUGUGCCGCACUUCGGCUCCUGCUCACAACGACACAAAUUGGGGAAUUAACCCCCCAAAAACGGCACAAGAGCAUGCAGGAGAGGAGCCAUUAAGUAGGGAACACCCGGGUGAACCCUUGGGUGCCAAACUCAAACGUGUAACCCACCGAGACCCUGCAUUACCACCCGAGGCCUACCAGAGAUCGGGCAGUGGAGAGACGGCCGCUCACCACGCUGCAGACCUGAGUAUGGACCUCCAGGGGUUCCCAACUCCUACCCCCCCCCCCUUUGGACCGAUGGGGGUCAUCUCGGUCCAUCAUGGGCAACCAGAGAGACAGACGCCGCCUGAAACCGCAGAUCACAGAAAAGCAACAGAAGGGCUACCAAGCACAUGGCCUGCAUAAGAUGGCGGCGACAAGUAUGAGAAACCACACACAAGGGACAGAGAACUGCAGCGACACUCAGCAGCGCCUGGAUGCAGCCUUUGACCAAUUCUGGACAAAGCUAUUAGACCUGAUGCAAAUGCCUCAGGUAAAACCGCAAGCACCGCCACCCCAGGGCAUGCGGAACCAAGGGCAUGGGGAGCAGAAAGACACACCUUUGAAAUACACGAGAACGAAAGGGCGGCAUGUAGGUGAGCCACAACACGCACCACCUGAUGCCAUACACCCCAAGCAAUACUCAGCCUCACUGAGAACCCACACCCAUAAGCGCCCCAGACAAACUUCCCUGGUCCCCCACCCGCACAAAAGCAAUGGAUGCCCGACCGCACAAAAACAAGCUCCCUAUCCAGGUGCCUGGAGAGCAUGGCGCCUACGCAAAUCCGCCUACUCAGCUCACCAUGACCUCACCACAACCCGACCGGGCAGAGACCGACCCCUUGCGACUAACUCGCCAUGGAGGAAGAAACACGCACCACAGAGCCAACCACAGGCACCGAAAGGACCCAGGGGCUCAGACCCGAGCCGGAGAUUAAAAUACCUGACGCCGGUGCAUCGAUGCAGAGAACUCCGGGUCUGGCAGCACACACGCUCUCUUAAAGGAGCACUCUCGGCCUGGAGCGGCGGCCUGCCAGCCGUGGGCAUCGGCUGACCAACUUACAAUACAGACUGGCAGGGACUCACUAUGGCUCAACAGUCAGUCAACCUGUAAAACUAGCUAAAAAGGAGUCAAUAUAAUCUAAGGGCCUGAGUCUCUUAGGCUAGAUAUGUAUGCAUUGUUUCAUUCAGUAAAGGAACCAGCCUAGAACUUAGAUAUGUUUAAGUCAUGUUAAAGUUUGCAUGUUUCAACUGGUCAGUGGUACACUUAAGCAUCUCAGCAUGUUAUUCAAAGCUGCUAACAGCUUGACAUAUGCCCUCUCUGACCAACCCCUGAUGUUAUCCUUUGUGAGACAGCGAUAGUGCAGUUUCAUUGGCGGAGUUUAAGCUGUAUGUGUUCAUCAGUAUGCAUAACACGUAGGCCAAUGUAAACAACGUUAGGCAUUGAUUAAUCUAUUUUAUCUUCUUCUAGUUAAUCAUAUUUUGACCUACAAGAUCGGAGCUUCAAAUCAAAAAACAUAACCAUUUAGUUCAGCACGAUAUAAAAUAUAAAAAUGUGCAAAUUACUAUGCCACUACCAAACUACUGUCAAUCUUGAAAUACGUUGUUGUGGCGUUCGUUGAUAUCCUGUAAUCACCUGCACAACCAAAAUAAAGAAUUAAAAAAAAAAAAAUAUAUAUAUAUAUAUAUAUAUAUAUAUAUAUAUAUAUAUAUAUAUAUAUAUAUAUAUAUAUAUAUAUAUAUAUAUAUAUAUAUAUAUAUAUAUAUAUAUAUAUAUAGUUAGAAGCAUGGAUAUGUUGUUUAUUGAAAUAAGUCACAGGUCUAUUUUUUUUUUUUUUUUAUUGGAAACAAACUGAUUCACUAGGUGGCUUAAAUAACUGCACCACUUCUGAAUUCAGAGCUCGGACAGGAGUGUCAGAAAAUAAUCUAGAAAAAAAAUUAAAUGAUAUGAAGUCGACAUCACAAGAAAAACGUUAAAAAAAAUAUUUAUCUUGACUUGAUUGAAGAUCUUGUUUCUUUAGAUACAAAGAUAAAAUAUCCUCAUUCACAGCUGAACAAAAAGUGAAGUCUAGAAUGCUGAAAUUAACUGGAUAUUGGUUAAAAGCAUUUGCAUUUUUACACUUAUCUCAAAACCAAACAGUAAAAGAGGCAAAGUGAGUACAAAAGCUAUUGAAGCUUUUCUCUGACUGAAAGUUAGCUCAGAGAUAACCCCGUCAGUAUAGGCUUUAUUAGAAAUGGCCAAAGUAUGUGGGGAUCUCAAAUGGUUAACUUAUGAUCCAAUUAACAAAAAACAGAGAGAAAUUUUAAUUUCUGUUGCAAAGAUUCACUCCAGUAUCUAAAUGUUAGUGGAGGCUAGCUAAUAAAGGUGAUAGGUAAUUAAUAUUUAACCACUUAGCUAUAUUAGCAGUUUUUCCUCAAAUAGUUAAUACUAUUAUACUGAGAGUAUAUAUAUUUUUAUUGAUCACAUGGCCUAAUUUACCGGGGGAACAGCAGAGCGCCAGUCGGGGAACGUCUGCGAUCGAGUGAGUAAGUAAUAAGGACAGCGGGACGUUCUAUGCCGCCCGCCGGCGUUGAGAGCCACCCUAAAAGGACGUCAUAGAACGCCCUUAGGGGGUUAAGGCCUAACUGCCGUGUCGCCCUUGUUUUAACCCUGCAGCUGAAAACAUUGCUGUCUGCAGAAUGGCAAUGUUUUCAUUGCAAAGUUUAAAUGCCUCUAGUGGCUAUCAUUUAGACACCCACUAGAAGCGUUUUUAAUGAAAUAGCAGAGUAAAACUCUAUUUCUAUAUGAUGGUCUCAGAGACAUUAAAUGCACUGACAGGCUUUUUGAAAGCAUUACAGAAAAUGUAUUCAUACUUACCGUAAUUUUCUUUUCUUGGCUAUUAUUCAUGGCAGCAUUUAACAUAUGAGUUUAGCUCCUCCCACAACCCCCAGGACAGGAAACACAAACAAUUAAGCAUACCUUCCCCUGGUAUAAUAGGGACACCAGUAGCUUCCACUCCUCAGUCAAGUAACAAGAAAACCAAGAGAGGGUGGGAAAACCAAAUGCUGCCAUGAAUAAUAGCCAGGAAAGAAAAUUACGUUAAGUAUGAUUACAUUUUCCGUAUUCAUGGCUAAUCAUGGCAGCAUUUAACAUAUGGGAUUCCCCAAGCAAUAAUAACACAGGGAGGGUGAAACAUGCUACAAAAAAAUAUUUUAAUACAUCAUAUUUGAGGAUUAUAGGAGUUCAGAACAGACAGGCUGAACUCAUAAUCCGAGCGAGAAGACACAUCAACCUUGUAGUGUUUCACAAAGGUAUUUAGUGAUGACCGAUAGGCAGCAUUACAGAUGCUCUCUGGAGGAACUCCCGACUCUGCAGCCCAUGACAUAGCAAUGGACCUUGUAGAAUGCGCCCUGAUGUCUUUGGGAAUAGGUACAUCUUUUGCCUUAUAUGCCUUAGAAAUAGCUGAAAUCGUCCAGGAACAGAGAGUGGAAACUGCAGCAGCUUCACAUUUGCGAGAACCCCAUGGGAUCACAAACCGUUAAGAAGAUCGUCUCCAAUCAGCUAAACGCUCAUUAUACGUAGAUAAACACCUCCUAAGGUCUAGCUUGUAACACCUUAGUUCUUCAGGAGUAGAAGGAUUCUGAAAAUAGGCAGGCAGGACAAUUUCCUGAUUAAGGUGAAAGGAGGUAACUGUAGCAGAGCUCCAGUUACCUAGCUGGAACAGGGGAACGGAUAGGGGAACUAGCUCUCUGCGCUCCCAGGGGCCGGACAGCACUCAGUCCUGGGAGCUCCCCGCUGCAUCUUCCACCAGCUAUGACAAGCUGGCCCAGGGAUUAACCCUUUCUCCCCCUCCUCCCCCCAGUAACUGGACAAGACCUAGUUCUGGUGGUUACAACACUGACAAUGCUUUAUUGAAACACACAGCUUUUAUGCAUAGCCCCAUGCAAGGAGUUUCCAACACAACUUUACUGGGUCAUCCCUCCCAUGAUCCUCUGUGUCUGAGAGAGUAUUCAGUCCUCUCUCAGGUACAUAAAAUCUACAGUUUCCAAACCCCCACACACCUUUUAAUAUUUCAAAAAAGGUUAAUUGAUUGCAUGGAAUGUCCUAGCUUACUAGAGUAGUUGAAGCUUAGACCACAGCAGAGUUUUUCUGCAGGGUGUGGGAAGUCACACAGCAGUGUCCUUGAAGUCUGAGCUCACAUCUGCCAUAUGUCUGGCUUGCCUCUAAGACAGGAAGUCAUUUGAUAUAGUAAUGAUCAAGCCUUCCAGUAACAGGAGACCCUUGAUUUAAUACCAUAUCCAAAAGAGACAUUUGCUUAACCCAAUUAUCCCCCAGGCACUAGAGUUACAGAUCAUAAAACAUAAACUAUUGAAUCUACAUCCCACACAUAUAAGAACCCUAAAAAUAAAUCAGGGAAAUCACACAAACUGAGUCUUUUUACAUGGUUUUUACAGGGCCCAUAUGUAGGCAUGGCACUUGGUGACGGCGUUAAGUCACAGUAACUACUCUGGUCUUGGACGCAGAGCAACCCUAUCAUCGAAGAAGGUAGUGUAAGGUUCUUCUGAUGAUAGUGCUCUGAUGUCAGACAUCCUUCUAGCUGAGACCAAUGCCUGUAACAACAGGGUCUUCUGAGAAAGGACCUGCAUAUGAAUUUCACCAAUAGGCUCAAAGGGAGGAUCCGUCAAAGCCUGUAGCACCAGAGGUAAACUCCAUGGAGCAGUGGAUUUUCUAAUAGGCGGUCUAAUUCGUAUUACAGAAGAAGUGAGCCACCAUAGGAUGCGUGGCCUAUCGAAUUCAAGAAAGUGCAGAAAUGGCUGAACAUUUAAGGGUGUUAAGCUUAAGACCCUUCUCCAAGCCUGCUUGUAGGAAACCCAGAACUUGAGAUAUGGUAGGAACACCUAAAUCCGGGGCCGUGGAGUUUCUCCAUAAAGCAAAAGCCUCCCAGAUCUCUUGAUAAGUAGAGGACGUAGAAAUUUUCCUGGAACAUAAAAGGGUUUAGACCACCUGAUCCGAUAAGCCUUGUUCAAUUAGGAAUUGCCUUUCAAUAGCCAUGCCUAGAGCCUGAAUUUGUGAGGUUCCCGAUACAACACAGGGUCUUGAGUCAGCAGAUCCUUGGAGACUUGCUAGUCUUUACAGAAGGGGAAACCAAGGUCGACGUGGCCAUAAGGGGAUUACUGCUAUCACCUUGCAACGUUCCCUGGAAAUCUUCCUCACAACAGUGUGAAUUAGAGGAAUGGGAGGAAAAAUGUAAGCCAGAUGAAAAGAUAAUUUGAUUUAUAGGGCAUUCUGACCUAUCACCUUCGCAUAGUAACUCCUUGACACAAAGCACGGAACCUGUGCGCUCUGAGCAGUCACCAUGAGAUCCACUUGGGGAAGUCCCCACCUCUGGACCAAUUGCUGGAAGACUGUCUUCGAAAGUUGCCAUUCUGUUGCCUCUAUCUGGUGUCUGCUGAGAAAGUCUGCUAAAACAUUCUCCUUUCCCAGAAGAUAGAUUGCACACAAGCCUUCUACAUGUAACUGGAUCCAGUUCAUGAUGGCAGUCACUUCUCUCAUUAGAGAUACACUCCUGGUCCCUCCUUGAUGAUUGAUAGAAGCAACAGCCGCCUUGUUAUCUACCCUCAAUUUGAUCCAGGAAUUCCAGAUAAGGUGUUGGAAGUGGAGUAGUGCCAGAAAUGUUGCUCUCAGUUCCCUUAUGUUUUAAGGCAGGUUCUGAGUCCUUGAAGGCCAUCUUGCUCGGAAGAAUAAUUUUCCCAGAUGUGCUCCCCAUCCGUACUGACUGGCAUCUGUUGUGAUGAACACACAAUCUAUUUCACUCAAAGGAAAACUCCUGGAAAUGUUUUUCCCAAGAUAGCCACCAAAUAAGCUUCUUUUUCAGAUGGAGAGGAAUGCGGAUCAACCUUUCCCAGUCACUCGAGCUGGUUCGGAAAUUCUUCAGGAAAAAGUGUUGAAGAGGACAAAGAUGCCAUUGCGCCCAUCUGACAAGGUCUCUUGUUGAGGAAAAAGUACCUAGAAGCAUCAUAAAUUCUCUCGCAGGUGCUGAAGUUUUUUGAUUUGAAGCUCCGAUCUUGUAGGACAAUUUUCCUGUCGUGUGCGAGAGAUACUAUCGCUGUGCUGGUAUUGAAGUUUGCUCCCAAGAAUACCAGUUCUCUUCUCGGAUGUAAUUGACUCUUCUCGUGGUUGAACCACCCGAACUGAGAGAAUGUCUCUAGGACUAGAUGUCGGUGCGGAAGCAUGGUCUUGAAGUCUGGUGCAACUACUAAGAUGUCGUUGAGGUAGUUAAAAACUGCAACAUCUUUCCUUCUGAGAAGAGCAAUAACGGUGACCAGAAUCUUCGAGAAUGUCCUUGAGGCUGUACUUAUCCCUAAGGGAGAAGCCUGAAACUUGAAGUGGUCUCUCUUGACACAAAGUCGGAGAAACUUCUGAUGUUUGGCAGUGAUGGGAACAUGGAAAUAUGCAUCCCUUAGAUCGACAGAUAUUAACCAAUUCCUGUGGUGAACCACUGGAAUGAUGGCACGGAUGGAUUCCAUGCGAAACCUUCUUACCUUUUAAGGAAAGGUUGAGCUGAUGGAGAUCCAGGAUAUGUCUCCAUUUCCUUCCUGGUUUCUUGACCAAAAACAGGGGAUAAUAUAACCCUUGGAACCUAUCUUGCACAGGUACAGGAAUAAUGACUUCAAGACCUCUUUUUUCUGUCUGUUGGUAGGAAGCCUUGUCCUGAGGAACCUUGGUGGAGGAGAAGAAUCCUCGAACUCCAGACAAUAACCUCCGGUGAUUUAUGGAUUUUACCCAUUCAUCUGGAAUAACUCCCCAAGCCCCCUGGAAGAACGAAAGACGUGCUCCUACAUCAGGUACUUGGUGUAAGCCACAUUCAGAAUUGCUUGUUGGGGCGAAAGGAAGAGGUCUGAGUCUUGUUUCUGGAAGACUUAGAGUUCUGACCGCUCUUCCAAUUGGAGUGUCGAGUAUAUUCUCUGCCGGUCUCUAUGUUUUGGUUUCUCUAUAACCACCUUGAAGCCUGUAAGGUCGAUGAUCCUGUUGCGGUCUCUUUGGUCGUCUGUCUUGCGGAAGCAUGACCUGUUUUACCUCAGCUGCUUUUGUAAUAGCCUCUUCCAGUGAUAAGCCAAAAAAUACCUCUCCCAAAAAUGGCAGGGUACGUAAAUUUGUUUUUGGAGUGGAGGUCUGCACCCCCAGGACCUUAACCACAGUGCCCUUCUGGCAAUAAUGGAGUGUGCCAUGACUUUUGAAAGGAUUCUUAUGAGAUCCGUGGAAGAUUCCAAUAGCAAGUCGCUGGCCAGCUUGAUAUCCCUUAAGGAUUCUGCCAUCUGACGUCUACUCACUCGCUUCUCCAUAUCUUCUUCCAAAUUAAGAAUCCAGGAACGCAACGCUCUGGAUAAAGCUGCAGCUGGAUGGCAUCCUAGACCUGCUGUCAUGAAGACUUUAGAAAGGUCUGCGUCUAUUAUUUUAUCCACGGGUUCCUUUAGUGAAGCAUUGCUGUCAAUAGGAAGCGUGGAUCUAUUAGCUAUCUUAAUAAUUGGAACAUCAAUCUUUGGGACAGCUGUCCACAUUCUUGAAUCUUCCACCUUUAUUGGGUACAAUUUGGAAAGUCUACCGUGACUGGUAAUCCCUUUUUCCCGGAUUAUUCCAUUCUGAGCAUAUCAGAUCCUUAAUAGAUAUUUUGGAUUUACUAGAAGAAGUCAAAGAAUGUUCAGCUUCUGACAGGCACUUUGGAGACUUACAUAAGAGAUCUUCUCUUGUGUAAGUCUCCAAAGUGCCUGUCAGAAGCUGAAAAUUCUUUGACUUCUUCUGGUAUGUCCAAAGUUCUCCUGACAGCCAUAAUCAAAUGCUCUAUAGCUUUUGAGUCUAAAGACCAUGGCUGUUCCAUGAACUCUUCCUCACUAGAUGAGGUGGGUUCAAAUUCCAGAGAGCCAGCGGUGUGUCUGAAGUCAUCGUCAGACUGGUCUGAAUCCCGGACAAAGCUCUUACAUCUGGGCCUUUUACCUUUGCUGAUUCUGAGGUCCCUUCUACCACUGCUUGCUUCAUCCAGUAAACUAUGUCUUGGGCUGAAGAGGUAGAAGCUUGAGGAGUUUUCUGAUGUUCCGACUCUCCUGCAAUUAUUGAUAAACAUUUACGGCAUAGCCUGCAGUUAUCCAAGGGUCUUGCACCACAUCCUGGGCAGGCCGCCGGUUUACCCCUUCUCCUAGAUGGAGAUCUCGGGCCAGACAGGUCUUGAGUGCUGCAAGACACAGAAGUCAUAUGACUGUACACGCCAUGCACUCUUUUUGUAGAACAGUAAAUUUAUUAAAAAAAACUAAAUGCUCACCUGUGACCUAUUAUAGAUCUUGCUGACUUUGAAGAUGGAGAUGCUGGUUCCAUACUAGAAGCAGGGCUAAAUAAAAAGGCAAGUGUACCUUUAGCAAUUUCUGUGCUGUCAAAUGUAUUAUUCUUUCAAAGGUAUAAUCCAUACCUGCAGAUUUUGUAAGUAGCACUAGAGAGCACUGUAACUUUAAGGGAAAAGAAACAAGGGUUUUCUUUAGUAUUCCCGCCGUUUCAAAUUUCCCACUCUGUGCCUUUAAGGAAGCGCGCCUGCGCUGAUUGGCCGCAACUCUGCCAUUUGGGAAAAGGGCAAAAAGUCUUGAAAUCCGGCCUCGUCUAGUGCGCAUGCACCGGUGUCUUACCAGAGUGCUGAUCGUCUGGAUGUUCCGUCCUGGAAAACCCAGGCUCCAGAUGCCAGGGGAACUUACUGGUUAGAGAGAUCUCCCUUAUAGAGUAGCGAUGUCAAAGUGUCAAGUAGGCAGGGCAACUUCUACCUGGGCUGCUCUCUAACCACUUUCCACAUCUAAUUGCCAUAGUGCAUUGCACUUUAAUUCUUUCUAUUCAAUUAUCUUGAAUGUGUAUCAACACAUCUAGUUUACUUGUGUCUAUCGCUGAUGUUAACAAGUGGGUUGGUAAAAUUGCACUAUGGGCCACUAAAUAGAUUUCCCCCUAGGGUGUACAUGUGUGACUGUGUCAAGGUGCUUGUAUGUGCGUGCAUGACAGGGGGAGGGGCAGUAUUUAAAUCUUGGGCCGGCCCUGUGUGGAGCCGCAAACAUAUAAAAAGUUGGAACUGCUUAUUAAACUUUUUGCAUCCCAUUACUGACACUAGUGUUCCUUUUAAUGAGCCUUCCUAUCAUUAAUGUGCUAUACAAAUUUCUGUUCACACUUAUUCUGUAAUUUGCUGCCUGCCAGCUUUGUCUUGCUUAUUCAUAAUACAUACAGUAUGUAUUUUUCUUUUUUCUCUUGUGAAAAUAAAAAAUCUGUAUAAAAUAAAUGGCUCCUAAAAGUGGUUCCCAAACUAGUCCCUAAUCCUUAAAUCCUGGACUGUUAGUGGUUCCUUGAGGAGUGGUUUGGGAACCACUGGCUUAUGCCAAUGCUGGUGGACCCAACAAUGUUUUAAACCCACUAUUGUGGGGUUUGGAGACAGUACUCAUUCAAGAUGAGCGUGUCUGAUUCAACCUCUGCGCUUUAUGCCUAAUUAUAGACUGUAAAAGUGUCUCAAAUGGCUACAGAUUCAUCAGUUAAUACCUUGCAGAAAAACUAUGCAGCAUUAACCUCAUAUGUGGUUACAUUGUAAGACAGAACCAGAGUCCACAAUAUCCUGAUUAGAGUGGUACCUGAGAGCAUUCUCAAUGAAGACUGCCUACACUAUCUCUGCUGCUGGUUUUUUAAAAUGUAUUUUUUUUAUUUCUUCAUGCUUUUACCGCCCAAAUAGGCUAAGCUACUUUUGCUGGAAAGUUGUUUCAGGAUGACCAAAAGGCCAAGGGCACCUCGGGAGGCUUUCAGAGAUGUACUUGCUAUAUUCCUGAAAGACUCUGAGAGGGCAAUGCUAAUGAGUGCCACUUUAUUUAAAGGGUCACAACUCCCCUUCUUCAGGGACUUAUCUAGACAGUCAUGUGACGACAGUCCAUCCGUUUGCUUACUAGGGAUCCCAGGGGCUGCUGAUAGAAUGGUAAAAUAUACAACUCCUCUCAAACCAACAGCACAUGGAGAGACAAAAUAGUAUAAGAACAGCCAGGUGCAAACCAUAUAAACACUCCCUCAAGUGCUUUAAAUAUUCAAAUGUAUAUAGAAUAUAGAAUGCACACUAUAACAAUCUCAAAAAAACUUAGCUUUAUUAUGUACAAAAAAGUACCAGAGUGAAAACAUAUAAGAAAAGAUAAACAAAGUGACAGAAGCAAGGGCAAACACAAUAAAACAAUAAUAAAUUACCACAAAAAUUCUUACAAACCUUAAGACAGAAACAUGAGUCACCAAACCCCCCAAUGUUUCGGCACCAACUGGCUGCCUUUAUCAAGGGUACCUGAUUGUUAUAGUGUGCAAAAUAUACAACUCCUACCUUUUAUUCAUGGAUUGGGACUUUCGGCGGACCUGCUUUUGCCAUGUGAUCACCAAUGGAAUAUCUGCUCUAAUGUGCACGUUGUACCAGGUUCCAGCAUGUCCACGCCAGAGAAGCUUCGUUCGUGAUACGGUUUAGCACUGUUCUGUAUACUUGUAUCACCGCCUGGUUCUGAAAGCUACACUCUCUCCUUGAUUCUACAAACUCUACCAUAAGUGCGAUAUGACAAUUUUACCUUUCUUCUAGGCCAGUGAUGGAUAACCUUGACACCAAUAAUUGUUUCUGGACUACAUUUCCCAUGAUGCUCAGUUAGCUUUUAGACUCUAAAAGCUGGCUGAGCAUCAUGGGAAAUGUAGUCCAGAAAUCAUUUAUGGUGGCAAGGUUAGCCAUUACUGUUCUAGGCACAACAUUCUGGCUGACCUCUUAUUUCUUCUGUUUAUUUCCACAACUUAACAUAAGUUUAGGCCUGCUAUAUUCUGUAUACUUAAAUGGCUAUUUUCAAUUUCUUUGCCGUUCUGUUAUGCAGCCAUUAUUUCUUGUUUCAAAAAUUGUGGUUUCUACAGCAAUUUUUUUUUAAUUUUUUUACCUUUUGAAACACUAUUGCACUCAAGUACCAAGUUCUUAAUCUUUAAGUUCACCACGCCCCUUAUUCUUUUCCCUUAGUUGGCUUGGGCAAGCUUCCCACAAGUUCUGUGUUUCGGAUGGACAUGGUGAUGUAAUGAUGGGGUCACUGAUGCGUUUUGCCCACUAGUAGAGCUUUGUCAAACCGAUGACCUGCUCCUCCUUUGUAUCUAUUUAUAUACAACAAUGUACUUGUAGCGGAGAGCUAGUGAUAGCAGGGCUUCUUCUCCGCUGGUUACUCUAGCAGCUACUCGGGAACAAACAGGAUGAUUCAAAAAGGCAGGCAUAAGCAUAAUAUAAUCCAUGAAUAUCCCAUCACCCUUCCCAGUAACUGGACGACACUCAGUAUUAGGAGCAGAACUGCACCUCUAAUGGCCAGGCUGGCCUUUUAUGCAGGUUUUUCCCAAAAGGCCAUCACCCAGGUGGACCUUGCUGGGCACAGGUAAAAACAGAAAACAACCAAUAAACACGGAGUCAGGUAAAAAGUCACUCCCAUACAUUUCACACAAUCCCUCCCCUCUGCUUAGGAGAUAAUUGAGUUAAUUACUGUACUGUUUUAAAUAAGAGCCAGCACAGAGUCUCAGCAAAAACAUAUAUACAUUUGAGACUUCCUUUUGUUCAAAGAGUGAGUCUGGUAGCAAAAUAGUACUGGCCCUUCUACCUUACGUCAUGCAAGUGACAUAGUAAAAGAUGAAUAAAAGUAAUUUAAAAGCAUUGCAAAUAUGUCUUCCUGAGCUAAGCACCUAACCCUGCAUUCAAUGUAUUAGAGGGAGAAUUCUUCUGACGGAAUCAGAGAAUUAAUACUGGGAGCAGAGGAAGAAUGCAGAGCAUAGAGCUAAAUCAUCAAUCCUUUUUUAUUGUUGAAUUGACCAAUGGCCACCACUGUCGGGUGAUUGCUCUUGAAAAUAAACUUUGAUGAAAGAGGCCUAUUGUGAAUCCAAUAUCAGUUUAUUUAGCAAUCAAGGUAUCUAAAACUGCACCUGCCUGCAUUGAUGUUGUUGCACACCUUGGCUUGACCUAUGAAUAUUUUGUUUAUCCCUCAGUUCAGUUUGUUUAGGCUUGACCAAUGAUGAAGGUGAAACUUGACUAGUGGUUGGGAGACUGAGCUUAUUGGGUUACAGAUUACUUGUAUUUGUGGUAGAUGCGCAAAUUGUGCUUGCUGGAGCCUUAAGUCUUGGGACGUGCCUGCAAAAAGUUCUUUGUCCACCUGAUUUCAAUGUAUUUAAUAUUAAACUGGACCAGACCUUACCCAUUACUAACACCCCCUAUGAGCCAGACAAAUAAUGUCUAGAAGACCCCAAGAGAUAUGUCCAUGCAUCCCUAUAGUAACAUACAUAAUGAAACCUGAUACAUAAAUACCUAGGACAAGGAACCCGUCUUAGAAAUUAGUAGUACAUAUUUUAAAUAUUUUUAAAAGUUUGUUCAAUAGGUAUGAUUCUUUCUGUUGUUUUCCUACAGUUUCCUUUUUAACAGUAAUGGCUCGGGCCUAAGUACCGUAUAUACUCGAGUAUAAGCCGACCCGAAUAUAAGCCGAGGCCCCUAAUUUUACCCCAAAAAACUGGGAAAACGUAUUGACUCGAGUAUAAGCCUAGGGUGGGAAAUGCAGCAGCUACUGGUAAAUUUCUAAAUAAAAUUAGAUUCUAAAUAAAAUUAUAUUAAUUGAAUAUUUAUUUACAGUGUGUGUAUAUGAUGAAUGCAGUGUGUGUGUAUGAGUGCGCAGUGUGUGUAUAAAUGCAGUGUGUGUGUAUGAGUGCAGUGUGUGUGUAUGAGUGCAGUGUGUGUGUAUGAGUGCAGUGUGUGUGUAUGAGUGCAGUGUGUGUGUGAUGCAGUGUGUGUGUGAUGCAGUGUGUGUUUGUGUUGCAGAGCCUUGGUGGGGGGGUGGGCAUUUUUAUAAAAAAUAAAUAAAUUAUUAUUUUAAUUUUUUUUGUUAUAUUAUUAUUUUUUAAAUUAUUUUUUAUUAUUAUUAUUUUUAUUAUUAUUUAUAUAUUAUUAAUGUAUUUAUUUUUUGUCCCCCCUCCCUGCUUGAUACAUGGCAGGGAGGGGGGCUCUCCUUCCCUGGUGGUCCAGUGGCAUUGGCAGUUCAGUGGGAGGAGGAGGGGGGCUGGCAGAGCUGUUACUUACCUCUCCUGCAGCUCCUGUCAGCUCCCUCCUCCUCCGCGCCGGUCCGUGCAGCACCUCUGUCAGUUCACACUGUAACUCUCGCGAGAGCCGCACUAUGACCCCGCGGCUCUCGUGAGACUUACACUGGGAGCUGACCGAGGUGCUGCACGGACCGGCGCGGAGGAGGAGAGAGAGGAGAGAGCUGACAGGAGCUGCAGCAGGGGUAAGUAACAGCUCUGCCAGCCCCCAGUCUGUAUUAUGGCAAUGUAAAUUGCCAUAAUACAGACUGACUCGAGUAUAAGCCGAGUUGGGGUUUUUCAGCACAAAAAAUGUGCCGAAAAACUCGGCUUAUACUCGAGUAUAUACGGUAGCUCCAAAGGUAUCCCGCAAGAACACACGAUCAUACAUCUACGCAAUGUUCUUUAGUAAGAUGUAGAGUAGACGCUUCUGGUUACCUCUAAGGGCCCUACACCGAUCCUGGCCGUUUCUACCUCAUGACUGUACAAAGUACAAUGUUAAUUUGACGGUUUUUUAAUGACGUAUGUAUCCCUCGUUGGGGCGCUUUCUACUUUAGAUAUGUAAUUGGCCAUGUACCGUUACCUUCCCUACUGUUCAUCCAUUGGGUGCGCCUGUACUUCCAGCAAGCAUGCAUUGUUUGGGCACGAUUAUAUGUUAAGUAGUGGGGACAUACUGUCUUAUCCUGUCGCUGAUAUGUCAAACACAAAUAAAGAAUAAAAAAAUUAAAAAAAAACAGUAAUGGCUCAUGUGUGUUGGAUCAAAUGUUUGUUUCUUGGGAAGCAGGUUUGAUAUUUCUCUUGUCCCUAGAAUGGAGACAUUUAUGAUUUUUGGAAUUGGUUACUGAACUGUAAUUGUUUAUUGUAUUGUAGGAAACACAGGAGGCGGAUGACAGCUGCUCUCUUCGGGAUGUGUCUGAGGGCCAAAUUGGAAAGCUAGUUGUACGCAAAUCUGGCAAGAUACAGCUUGUAUUGGGCAAGGUCACCCUUGAUGUCACAAUGGGGACAACCUGUUCUUUUCUGCAGGUAAGUUAAUUCUCUCUUUUAGACUAGGUUUGUCUUUUCUAUCACUUUACUCCUGUCUGGAAACUUUAUCUGUGUCAUUCUCUUUCACCAUGCAUUUGGCCCUUUAAUGCAUUCCUUGUUAUUAGCAAACAAACAAAAGUGUAGCACAAGAAAAUAACACUAGAAGUCAAAUACCUGCCCUUUGGUGGGUCCCAGCUCAGUUCUCAAAUUAGUUUUAGCUCACUCUGAGAUUACCUGAACCACUUUGUUAUUAAAUUGAUAUGCUCCCUCAAAUGAUACACUGCAUCCCCAGAUGAUUGUUUCAGGAUAAUGAUUACAGUAGUAAAUCAUUAGUUACAGUUUAUUUUAUUUUGUUAUGGCAAAUUGUAGCUGUAGUUUUGUGACCAGGGUUCUGCAUAAUAAAUAUGAUUUUUCAACAAUGCUGACUCAUAAGUUCUUGAAAUAAUACGUAAAUCCAUAAAAUACGGUCUUGUGUAGCUUCCAUUGUUUCUAUUAUAGUGAAGCUGACAUUGUGAUAUAUUAGUGCUAGUUAAUAGACAAAACUUUUUUCUUUUUUGACAUAAGAUUAGUAGUGUUUUAGUGAAGACAAUGCCAACCAUCUUUUCCAUUUAUAAAUCACGUUUUAUAAGAUUUGUUCAUGAAAAUGUUUUCCAGCCUACUCUGCUUGAGAAGAUUUCUGUAUUCUUGCAUGACUUAGAUAUAUGUUACAUCUGUUUUUUUCCCUCUGGCAGGAGCUGGUGUCAGUUAGUGUGGGUGAAGCUCGAAGUGGAGAGAUGAUGGUUUUGGGCCAUGUUCAGCACAAGCUUGUAUGUUCCCCAGACUUUGCGUCUUUACUAGAAGGAAGGCAUCGUUGAGUCCUUACUUUUCACCACAGUGAUGGAUUAUGUCUGUCUGUUGCUCCAGUUAUAUCAGAAGCACUGCUACAUUACUUUUAUUAGCAUGGCCUCUGGGCCUGUACAAUUGUUUACUUUGGCAUAGCAUGUGACUUAUGAUUCUGUGUGUGGAAGAGGCUGAUUCAUCUGUGUAAUUAGACUCUUGUUGACACGUGCUGCUCCUUAUCUUCUAGCAUGUACUACUGGACUUUUCACUAUGAUCUAAAUCACACUUUGUAUAAUUGUAAAUACUGGAUAUGAAAUACAGAAAUAAUAAUUUAAGCAGAGUCCCACGUCUUAAAGCUGAAAAUGUUACCAUAUAAUAUUUAAAUUUAACCAAUGUAAUAAUUAACUAUAAUAUGUAUGUCAAAUUUAUAUUAUGUUGACUGUUCACCAGGUUCCUGUUGAAGAAACCAAGUCAAGAUAUAUUUUAUUUUUUAAUUGGAUAACAACCUAUUCUGUAAAGCUGUACAAUUUAAGUAUUAGUUAAUUGACACCUAUCGUUUAAGUCAUAUUUCUAUAUACCAAUAAAGGAGGAGUUGGAGAUACUUCAAGUGAGUUUACAGUAAAGGUCAUCAUCUACUUAUAAAAGUAUGUGUGUAGAAUAUAUAUGGUUAGAUGAACACUCCAAGCCCCAUAACCACAGCAUGGGGCCAUCCCAACGUAAUUAGUCUUGCCAUUUAAGAUUGAGUGCUGCUGGACACCUGUUGCAGCCUCCAAUGGUGCCUUUAGGUCCGCUAAGCUAAGCUCUACAGUGCAGGGCUGGCUCAUUGCCUGAGGCUAUAGUCGUCAUGAUGCUUGGAGUAUUCCUUCCACCUGCAACAAAAAUUAAAAAGAGAUUUACUCAGUCAAAUGUUGAGCACACAGUGAAUUAACAAGCAAGUUUCAAGACUGUAAUCUAAAAUGAAGAAAAUUGUUAGAGGAUUUUCCAGCUCUGCUUUUCUGGUGUUGGGUACCUUACCACAACUUUAUUUUGUGAAAAAGCCCUAAAUACCUCAUUAGCAAAAUCCAGAAAUAAUAAUGUUACACAUAACGUAUUUUCAUAUAAAACAAAAAGUAUAUAGGAUUUUAAGAUUCCUCUGCGUGUUUUUUUUUUGUUUUUAUGAUAAACUACCUUUCUCAAAAGUGUGUAAUAUACUUUACUUUCAAACCGUGCAUGACAUAUGGUUUUUAUUUUUAUGUAAUAACCUUUAUGUAUGUUCCACUAAUUUCAAGUCCUGGAUAACUGAUGUAAAAAGAGUUGUUUUUCCAUUUGAUUUAUUUUUAUUGCUUGAAUUUGCCGCUAGUUUGCCAGGCAUAUGAGCCAAAUGCAU